AAAAAGGCAGAGACAACAGCUGGCUGUCAGCAGCAGAGCAGAGAGGAGCUGAGCGAGGAGCAGGAGCGAGACACAAACCAGGAUGAGGGGAGAGAUGACGUGAAAGUUUAAGAAGACAGAAAGAAAAGCAAGAGGAGAAGAGUUGGCGGCGCGGCUGGGGGCAAGAUCUUGAUUCUGCUGAAAUUAAUUGGAAAAAGAUCCCAAUCAAAACUAGUUCUGACCGAAGACUUUACAUCACAAGUAGAGAAGUGUUAAGAAGUGAUUUAUUCUUCACCCUUUUGCUACGCUCCAGAAGCAGCAACCCCAAAGCAGUGAGAGCCCUUGGAACCAGUGUGAAGUCAGAGGUGCAGUAGAGCAGAAAAACAUUUGCUUCCUCACAGCUAGUUUGGAAACUGCACCACCAACAUCAAACUUUGUCCCUGAAGAAGUCCAAACCAAGCAUAGAGCCUGGAGAGGUUGAGCCAGAAUGACUUCUGAAGGCUUUCUCAAGGAAAUGCAAACCAUCGGUGAGAAGUUGCUCCUUAAGCUCCAGAAACUGCCCAAGGCUGACCCAGUGGAGAUUGUGUGCUUUUGUGUGGUUCUGCUGUUUAUUGUCACUGUUCUGCUGCUCAUGAUCAUUGCCUGCAGUUGCUGCUGCUAUAGCUGCUGUAGCUGUGAUGGACCCCCUGACCACAGACGUAGGAAGAUCCAAGUCCGCCCAGUUGCCCAUUAAUGAAAUACAACAAGAGGUGACACAGCCAACUAUCCAGGACACACAUGGACAUCAUGAAUCAGUCCUACAGGAAUGCCUUUCUACACUAGCUCACUGAAAAUGGCAAUAACAAUAUUCAUUAAUAUGACUCAGAGGACCAGAAAUCACAGCGUGGAGUUCCUUCUUUUUGUGACAGCCAUACCUGGGCUCCAUGGCGUGACCAGAAAGCAGGGUGGAAGCCAACAUGUCAUCAGUACAAGAGGCAUCCUCAGUUCUGGAAGACCUAAAGAGACUGAUUGUAUCAAGUGACUGGGCUCUUGGAGGGCUGGUGGUGAUCAGCUCCUUCUGUCUUGUUUUUGUAGCUCUGCUCUUAUUUGCUGCCAUCUUUGGGUGCUGCUCAUCACCAAGGCACAAAGGGAGUGGGGUAUAAACAGUGAAGCUGAGACACAGGAUUGAGGCCCUGCAGUUAAGCAAGAAUCAGGCCAGACUGUGUUGUUCAUCAAAAGUCUUGUCACCUUCACUCCUUGGGUGGUUAUUUCUCCCCAUGCAACUUUCCUACAUCAACAGCAAGGCACCAAUGCCAGCAAGUUGUUCUGCCAGCCCACAGCAAACUCCAGGCUGCCUGCAUUCAGGACCUACAUGACUAGCCAAAUACCAAAGUCAACUCACCUAUGCCUGAUUUUCAUCUUUCAAGCAAAACCACCACUUAGAGGUGGCAAAGGGUCAACCACCACCUGGAACUGAUAAAGAUGUCUUCCACUGCUGCAGUUACAUGGGCUUUUUUCCAUUUUGCAAAUGGGCAACAGGAAACUCUGACCAGCAGAAACUUUGUCUAAGCCCACUCUCUAAAAGCAGCUUAUACCACUAUUCUCCUGUCAUACUCAGACAAUGGCCUAAAUAUACUAUGCAAAAACU